GGGGAAAAAAAGCAUCCGCAUAAAAUGCUGUUGGACAGCAACAAUUGAAUUUGCCAAAUGUAAAAGCUCUCUUAGUUUUUUUCAGCGUCCACUCACCGGGAUGGACACGCUGGUGCCGGCCGUGAAGCGAGCGCCCGAGUCGAAGCCGCCCUCCACCAUCACCGUGGACCCCGGCGGGUACACGGCCCCCAUGGGAUAGUAAGCCAAGGGGACGUUCUGUCCCAUGUGGCCCACGGGCAUCUGCGGCUGCAUGGGCAUGUAGACCUGCGUGCCCACGUAAGGGGACGACAUCUGAGGCAUCUGGCCGGUCACCUGAGGUGGAAGCACGUAUCUGGGCUGGUAGAUCUGCACAGGGAAGAAGAAGAAGAAGACGACGUCACUAGCACGCUCCCGAGGUGGGUAGCUUUCCGUGUCGCCGUAGUUACCUCAGAGUAGGCGGGGGGCGUGUCCGUGUAAGGAGGCGCCUGAGGAGACAUUUGCAUAGCAGGAGGGUAAACGGGCGCAGUGUUCUGCUGAGGGUACACACUCUGCUGAGGAUAGGAACCUGCAACAUAACAAGGACUUUUAGAACACACUAAAUACGAAUUAGUCUUGGUUGCGGAACACAUCACACAUCAUCACAGGCCAAUUUCCCUGAGGGAAUCCCAAAGGGAUUAAUAAAGAAUUCCGUCUGUCUGUCACAUCUGAACAUUACUAAAAACUAGGUAGUUUUUUUAAAUUCAAAAGGGUUAAUAUUACAGGAAAAAAGCUGUAACAUACACGAAUAAUACAUUUUAUUUGCUAUCCAAAGUCCCCAAACCAGAACAAUAGUUGCCCACCUAAUUGACUGAUUUAUUGUCAAAAUUAUCUCACCAUUUACGACAAUAAAAUUGCAGUAUUGGUGACAAUAUGACAACAAACUGUAAUAAAAUGUCAGAAAUUAGUCACAUUUGGUGGGAGGGAAAAGUCAAAAAUCAGAACAGCAAUUGUUAGUGAAAAUUCCCACACGGCCUUAAACACAGCACCCCGCUUUACGACCAUAAAGUCGUAGUAUUAACAAAAAAUAUAUAUUAUUACCACGGGGAAAAUAGAAUGGUAACAUCCAGUAAUGCAUUUUUGGUUGGAAAAACUAAAAUUCAAGCACAUACGUAAGCAAUAUGAGAAUAAACUGGGAAUGUAAUGUUAUAAAUGCAAUUUUAUCGAGCGUUUGUCGAAAUUCCCACAAGCGUAAACAAGCAUAGUUUGAGCCCCCUCCUUCGACAGACCCGUUAUGUAUUCAUCAGGUCCUAUUAUUAAAUAUCUGAUGAAAACAUCCAUUCAAACUGAAGAUCCUUGGUGGACUGUGGCAAAAUAGACCGAAGCUAGCUUGUUUUGGUGGUGGACUGCCCGUAGCCAAUAUGACAUAAUCUAACGACAAAUGGCGGCGGAGGUGACGUUUUUUGUGGCGCCAUGAAGUCCCAGGACCUUCCUGCCAGAGAUGCCCCGCCUCUUACCGUCAACGAGCAGGUCAUCGUGAUGUCCGGCCAGGAGACGAUACGCGUGUUGGAGGUGGAAGUGGAUGCGUCGUCUUCAUCGGUACCAGAAGGGAAGAGAAGUGAAGGCAAAGCGGACGAGGGAGGGGCUCCACCCGAGGGAAGCCACCCACGGGACGACCAGGCGGCGCCCGCGGAGGUUCCGCCGCCCGCCGCUCAGACGGUUGCACCAACUGUGCCCAUCAGCGUGUCCCUGCCGGCGCCGCCGCCAGCGGCCGCUGUCGCUGUCCAAGGUUGCCCGCAGGUUCUGUCCCAGGAGAGUUUGGCCACGCUGAUGACCGCCGGUAUGUUGGCCCAGACGGGCUCCCUAGGCCAGCCCCUGCUCAUCCCCAUCGGCGGCCAGGGGGGUCUGGCCGUCCUCACCCUGCCCACGACCAACGUGGCCACUCUGUCCGGGCUCGCCGCCGCCACCACGCAGCCCGGGAACCUCCUCAAGCUGCCCUUUGCGGGCCUUCAAGCUGCAACAGUUCUCAACUCGGUCCAUCCUCAGCUGCAGACCAGCACGCAGGGGGUGUUCCAGUCUCCGGCAGCUUCCAUGCAGCCCGUGCAGACCACCUUGCAGCAGCCGCCGCCCACGUCGGCCGUCAACGCUCCUGCCGCUCAGGAGAUGGCGACAUCGGUGGCGGCGGCGGCAGCUCAGGCCUCCGCGCCGACUCCCACCGCCGCCGCUAACCUAUCCGUGGCGGCGCUCCAGACGGCGGGGCUGUCCAUCAACCCCGCACUUAUCAGCGCCACCUCGCUCGGAGCUCAGACCCAGUUCCUCAGUUCACUCACCUCCUCCCCCAUUAUCACCAGCACCAUGUCCAACAUGGCCGGCAUCACCAGCCAGAUCCUGACCACGGCUCAGGGACAGGUGAUCGGAACGCUCCCUCUUCUGGUGAACCCGGCCUCCCUGGCCGGGGGGGCCGCCACCCCCGCCCUGCCCCUCCAGGGUCUGCAGGUCCAGACCGUCACGCCACAGCUGCUCCUGAACACGCAGGGCCAGAUCAUCGCGGCGGUGGGGAACGGCGCCGCCACUGCCGCCGCCCUGGCCGCCUCCGCGGCGGUGCUCCCCAAAGCCGCCGCCCCGCCUGCAGCUUCCAAAGCCACCCCCCAGCUCUCAGCUGCCAGCCAGUCGCCCGUCAUCAUCGCCCCGCAGCCGUCACCGCUCAAGAGCGCCACCACGCCGCCCUCCGCGGCCCCCGUGACCUGUGCCGACAUGGCCAAAGUGGGGCAGCUGGUCAGCAAGCCCCAUCUGGCCCCCAGCGGGGAGGAGGGCAUCAAUCUGGAGGAGAUACGAGAGUUCGCCAAGAACUUCAAGAUCCGCCGGCUGUCGCUGGGGCUCACGCAGACGCAAGUGGGGCAGGCUCUGACCGCCACGGAAGGCCCCGCCUACAGCCAGUCGGCCAUUUGCAGGUUCGAAAAGCUGGACAUCACCCCCAAGAGCGCCCAGAAGCUGAAGCCGGUGCUGGAGAAGUGGCUGGCCGAGGCGGAGCACUGGAACCAGAAGGGCCAGCAGAACCUGAUGGAGUUUGUGGGCGGCGAGCCGUCCAAGAAGCGCAAGCGGCGCACCAGUUUCACGCCCCAAGCCAUCGAGGUGCUCAACUCCUACUUCGAGAAGAACUCGCUGCCCACCGGCCAGGAGAUCACCGAGAUCGCCAAGGAGCUCAACUACGACCGCGAGGUGGUCCGCGUUUGGUUCUGCAACCGGCGACAGACGCUGAAAAAUACCAGCAAGAUUAACAUUUUCCAGGUGCAGUAGGGAAUCCCGGAGCGCCUUUUGUAAAUACCGGGACAUCAAAAGGACCUCACUGAUGCUGCAAAGUACUGAAGCCAGUCAGUACACUUGGAUACGAUGUACACUGCGCACUUACUUCCCGAGUGCACACAUUUUCCACACUCCAGUGCUGUCACAAAUCCAUUAUUCCCUGGAAAAGUUUAGUAGUCCCACUCCUUGGUGACCUUUUAGGAGGCUAACUUACCAUUUCCUCCGGCAUUUACUGCACUUAUGAGCUUGGUCUCCAAUGGAGUACUUCAGUAAGUGUACUCGGUCCACUGCAUACUUAUUGUACUUUCUAUUUUGACAGUGUAGUGCGCUCCCAAAUCAUCUUCCUCUCGUUUUUUUUAAGGUUGGAAAGGUGUAGUAGUCUCUGCAUGUUCUCCCCGUACGUGGGUGGCUUUUCUCCGAGUACCCCCCCCCCCCCCCCCGCCCCCAUUCCAAAAACAUGCUAGGUUAAUUAGCGACUCCAAAUUGUCCAUAGGUAUGAAUGUGGGUGGGAAUGCUUGUUUGUCUAUAUGUGCUCUGUGAUUGGCUGGCCACCAGACCACGGAAGACUGCUGGGAUAGGCUCCAGCACCCGCCCCCCGCUCCCAUUCCAAAAACAUGCUAGGUUAAUUAGCGACUCCAAAUUGUCCAUAGGUAUGAAUGUGGGUGGGAAUGCUUGUUUGUCUAUAUGUGCUCUGGGAUUGGCUGGCCACCAGACCAGGGAAUACUGCUGGGAUAGGCUCCAGCACCCCCCCCCCCCACACACCCUCGUGAUGAUAAACGGUAGAAAAUGGAUGGAUAUUAAUCAUGAAACAUGUGACAAACAUCUAAAAAAUGGGGGAAACACUUUUUCCCACCACUGCACACUUGAAUGCAGUAUACUCUGUAUACUCUGUAUACUCUGUAUACUGUGUACUUGGUUCCUGAGUGGGCUCACGUUGACAGUGUAGUACUCUCCCAAAUCCCCACUUCUUCUUCUCUGCUUUUUAAGUUUGUAAAUGUUUGGUGGCCACCGAGUGUACUACCUGGAAGUGUCUGCACUCGUGCCCUCAAACGACAACUAAGAACACUUAGUACCUAAAGUGCGGCAAGAUGGAGACUACCGACUACCAUUAAGUGUCCGUUUUGAGCGUUCUGAAUGCCAUAAAGGACAAUCAGCAAUGUUGUUGAUAAUCAUAAAAGAUGAAGUCCCGUGACGUGUGUUGGAGUUUUCUACGUUUUCAAUCCCUUUUUUUUCCACCUCCUCCUGGUGCAGUUUCGUUUUAAUAGUUUUAUUUGUGAUGUUAAUCUGUGUCCUUCAGUCUUUUUUUGUUAGAUUACAACAAGAUGGUUAGUAAGAGAUUUUUAAAGACAUUUUUUCAUGAUGAUUAUAAUAUAAAUCAAAUAAGAGACAUAUGUACAAGGUGAACGUGUGUUGCUUUUUUUCUUACUUGUUUUGUUUUGACUUUUUUUUUUAACAAUUCAUGCACUUUAGUGGCUAAAAGGUGCGACGGCUGGUUUUGUACGCCGCAUGUUUGCGGGAGAUUUUAUGAGAUUAGUGAGUUGUUUUUUUUUUCGGGGACACAAAAAGGAUGUAGCAGCAUUACAAUGCCACCGUCCCACGCAGGCUAAACACCAGAUAAGAAGGCAGUCGGGGUGGACGAUAAAUCAUCCUCAUAAAGCAUGAGGCUUGCCGUGUAUUUUAUAGAAGAAUUGAAAUCUUGUGAAAUAACUCCAUGCUAACUUAUAAAAAUGCAAAUGAGAAUAAUACUGUACAGUACGUAUAUGUAUCUUUAAGGAUCUAUUAUGUGACAGCAGGAGGUGGGAAAACACAAACAAGUUUGUUUUUUUUUUUUGUAAUUUUCUGUCUGGAAAAGUCAAUAAA